AUUGCACACGGCAGGGAAGUGGGCAGUGUGUCUAAGGUGUGACACGAAGGGCAAAGGCUAGAGAGGCUGUCCCUCUGCCUGCAGUAGCACACCAGUUCUAGGCGUAUCCUCACUCAAGGUUGUGGAGACACAUGAGUGCAAUGUGACUCAGCUAGGUGUCAGGUGUGGUUUUAAGUCAAAGCUAGCAACAUCAUUCUGUUUAAGUUCAAAGUUAAAUCGCAGAGAUAGCAGACAAGUCGAAACAGAAAGAACAUCGGAACAAAGGCCAAAUGACGUAUCUUGGACCAAAUUGUAGAAUUGGGCACCAGAGCCUGAUGGGCAUUCUCCUGCUGGGCUGCUUGCUGACCUGUCUACUGUACCGACCUGCUAUCACCUGGCUCCCUGUCCUGGCCAAGCACUUCCAGGCGGAGCACAAACAGGACGUUACCGUGCUGGUCUGGCACUGGCCCUUUGACCAUCCCUUUAAACUGAACUCCUGCAGGUCCUUGUACAACAUCGAAGGCUGUCACCUGACAGCGGACCGAGAGCUGUACAGUCAAGCGGAUGCCGUUCUCAUCCACCACAGAGAAAUCGAAGAGGAUUUAUCCAACCUGCCCCAAGAACCACGGCCCUCCUUCCAGAAAUGGGUGUGGAUGAAUUUCGAAUCGCCGGCACACACGAAUAGAAUACCUGGCUUGGAAGAUCUGUUUAAUGUGACUUUGAACUACAGGCAGGAUGCAGACAUCAACAUGCCUUAUGGAUCUCUCGUCCCUCGGACUACAGAGAGGGAGGAGUUUGUCCCGCAUAAAAAACGACUGGUCUGUUGGAUCGUUAGCAACUGGAACCCAGGACACAAGAGGACUUGGUACUACAUGGAGCUGCGCAAAUUCAUCAGGAUUCACACCUACGGGGACCCUUUCAACAAAAAGGUAUCUCUUAGUGAAUACAGAAUGAUCGUGGCCAGCUGUAAAUUCUACUUGUCUUUUGAGAACUCCGUCCAUAAGGACUACAUUACAGAAAAACUAUAUAACGCUCUCAAGUUGUGCGCAGUUCCUGUGGUCAUGGGCCCGACAAGAGGGAACUAUGAGAAGUUCAUCCCUGGAGAUUCCUUCAUCCAUGUGGAUGACUUCCGCUCGCCCAGAGCCCUGGCCAAACACCUCCUCUUCUUGGACGAGAAUGAGGAGAUGUACCGUAAAUACUUCACGUGGCAGAGGAUCCACACGGUCCGUAUCAACAGCUUCCCCAUUCAGAAUGCCUGCAACAGCUGUGAGUACAUCAGAGGCCACCCUGAGAAUCAGAUGGUUACUGAGCUCUAUAAAUGGUUCUGGGAGGAAUGAUGCUGAGACAUUUGGAGCAAAUCUACUACAAAUAAAUAAUAUCCACUUCUCCAUAGUCCGGGGUGGGGGGGGAACUGAGCAAUAUGUAUCUUUUACACAACGGCAGAAGUGCCAAAAAUUAUAUUUCAUUAAAGUACAUUCACCGAACUUUCCCCACUUGAACAAUUAAUGGGGCGUUACAAGUCAAAAUGGUAUAUAUUUUGUACUUUUCUUCUGUCUUUUGCUACUGCGCUACCACAUGUUAACUGAUGAAAACAGUGUGGUGGUGACAUACCACCACUAUCUGCUUGUUUACUAUUGGGUCGUUCCACUAAAAGAGUGCCUUUCGCAUCCUUUUUUAUAUUGGUGCACAAUGUUCUGCACUAAUAUUACAUUUUAAAAAAACCUGUUAUAACAAAGUGCCUUUUUUAAUAGAGACCGAAUGGAGAAUUCAAUCAAUCAGAUGUGUAUAAAGGCUUGCUGAAGUGCCAAAACGUAGCCUUUUGACAUGUCCCUCCAUCAACCCUGUGUCACUUCUAGGAAGAUUUCAACCCCCUUAAUCCCCAAGUUUCUCCAAGUUUCAACAUCAUUGUAAAGCCAUAGUUAUUUUACUUUAACAAAGUCAUCUCUGAAGAUGUAUUUGUUUCAUGUGAUUAGUGAUACAAUGAGGGACAGAUGUAAAUGAAAGGUCAACCCUGUUAUGUGAACUGGCCUAUCGUUUUUAAUACGGUGAAACUAUUCAUUUUUGUUAAAUAGAACAUCUAAUAGUCAAAUCAUAGAGUAAAAGCAGGUUAGCUGGUUCUAGUCUUUUUGGCUGUUUCGUGGUGAAGAAACUGAGCGGGUCGGGCAGAACACGUCAACCCUGUUACUCAUAGACAGGCUUCCAUUCAAUUGCCAUUCCCUUUCGCAACAACCUUCCAUUCCCCUGUCACAAGCGGAUGUAUGGCUUAUUUAAGAAAAAAAUCUUCAGCCCUGUUACUAUUUUAACAUUUAAUAGGCCCUUAAUAAAAUAUUAUUUUUUUAGAUGAGGGAAAAACAUUUUUUUAUAGUUGAACAUGUGCUCUUUUAGACAGACUGUUAAAAUGAGGUGAAAUCCCUUUUUUUUUUGGACCAAAUUACACUUCUCAAAAGGCACCAAAUUGGUGGAAAGACCCUAUUAACAUUACUGUGAGAGAGAUUUGGUUUUGAACUGUAAUGCCUGUUGAGAAAGUCUGGUUACUGUUGAAGGUACUAUAGCUCUCCUCCCUCUGGUCACUGGAAUAGACUCUGUGAGAGACUCCACUGUGAUCAGUCUUGCUUUUUCUAAACCAUGUGAUUGGGAACGUGAUAAAGGGUAAUGUACGGUAGGUCUCUCUCAUAUACAGGUAGAACUCCCUGUAUUGUCAACGGUUGUUAGGCAAUUGCCUUUUACUGUACUAUGGUUGCUAGGUUGUCACAAUGAAUGUGUCAUGUAUUUUCACACAUUAAGGGACCUUGUUCGCUCCACUGUUAGGCAACAGGGAUUGAUUACAGAUUCAGUGUAUUGAUUAGGAAAAUAAAGAUUGAUGUAGUACA